UGCUGAACAAAUCCUCAUCGCCACCAACAAACCAAUAAUGGGCUCGUACCUGCGUAGCCGAUUUUGCUGGCAUGCAAAAAGUAUAUCCAGUCGCAUAAUUGGCCUCUACGCAGUGUCGGGAAAGACAUGCGCGCAAGUGGGUAUAUCAUUAUUAAGGGAUUGUGCAGUCUAGAGACAUAUACCUACUCCAUGUGUAAGUUGUAAAGAUGCAAUAUUCUCGUACAAACGACCAAGCAGAUUUCAGACAUUGUUCUUUUUUCCUGUCAGGGAGCCGAAGUAAAUACAAAUUUCAUGAAUAAGAAAUUCAAGACUGAUUAGUCAGCAACCGAGGUAAUUUUGUAUAACCUCGUAACCUGACCAAACAAACGACGGAGAUCUUACAACAAGCAGAGAUGAUGAUAAUUUCGAUGGCGCCAGCCUAUGAACAGUGCAUGGAAUUCCCACUACGGAGGAUGACGGAGGCAAAACCAUGGAUCAAUGCAGUGAAUCCGGAGACGGGAUUCUUUGCUACAAAAUCGAAAUGGGAUGAAACGAUAUCCCACAGUUCCCGAUAGCAAGAGCUGGAACGAAAUGUGCAUGGGAGAUGUUCAACAUGGUCGCACAUUGGAGAUUCAGGUAAGUCAAUAUGAUCUCUGAUAGGAUGAUUAAUGAGAUCUGAUACACAAAAUAAUUUCCGUGCGAUUAGUUUGGAAUUCUUCAAUGUUACCAUAAUCCAUCCUUCAAAGCCAUCUAUGGAUCGGGCCAUGAAGGUAAAAGAAUCCGUUGAUUCGUUGCUUGUGGAGCAUUUCCAUCAGAACUAGGAUUAUUUUGACCCAUGAUCUAUAUCAUACUAGGUACUCCGUAUAUGAUCAUGGUCAUCUCUCGUUCUUGAACGAAUCGGCAUUCAAACAUCUUGGAAAGAAAACGUCUUGUGGGUCAAUCAAACAGGAAAUAAGACAAUUGACAUCAAAUCUUUAUUGGGUAUACAAUUCAUCCAAUUUUUGCCAUCCUCUUCAAGGCUGUGUUGAAAAUGUAUGGUUCCAUGCGAACCCGUACAAUAAAAUCCAAUCACAAUCAGCCCCCGCAAUUUCAGCUGUUCUAGGAAGUCAGCCCCCUCAAAUGCUUAUCUCAAUGCUCUGCCCGAGCUAGUGAUUCUGAUUCUUCAUUUAAAUAUCGGGAACCCGCUAUCUAUUUCAUUUUACCUUCUCAAGCCUGACCUCAUCUUCAUAACUCUCCUCGGAUUCCUUAUCAAAUGGCCUACUAUGGCCUCUUCUUCAUCCUCAUCAUUGCAGCUUUCGUUGUCCAUAAAAUCACAAAGCAUGUUUCUGCAAGAAGAUUUCAAAAAGCACAUGGUUGCAAGCCAGUUCACAAACUACCUCAACGUGAACGCAUUAUAGGAUGGGACAUGUACAAAUUUCAAGUCAAAAGUGCGAAGGAGAAAAGAAGGUUGAAAGCAGUUUAUGAUAGGUACAAGGAAAAUGGGAAUACUUAUGUGUUGUCAAUGAUGGGAUUCGAUUUCUUCAAUACAAUCGAGCCAGAGAAUCUCAAGACCUUACUUGCAGUCAAUUUCAAAGAUUAUGACUUGGGAGCAAGGCGGGGUGCUUUCUCACCCUUACUUGGCGAAGGAAUUUUCACUACAGGUUCGUCGUGCGAUGAUCACAUUUUAGGAAUUUGAACUGACUCCCUGUGUAGAUGGGGCACAGUGGGAACAUUCAAGGGUAUGGUCUGGAAGUAUCGAUCCACAUAAUCAAAAUGCUAAUAUACUAUAGGCAUUGGUUAGACCAAAUUUUAACAAAUCCCAAGUGGCAGAUCUUAACAUCUUUGAGGAACACAUUCAAGUUCUCCUCUCACAAAUACCUCGAGAUGGCUCCACAUUCGAUCUUCAGUCAUUAUUUUUCAAAUUGACUCUUGAUACAGCUACCGAGUUUCUAUUUGGACAAUCAGUACAUUCACUCACCAGUAUCGAAGGCUCGGAACAACAAAAGUUUGGCACAGCUUUUGAUCUCGGUCAAAUCAAACUUGAAGGGCGAUUUACAAUGGGUAAAUUAUCAAAUUGGAUGUGCGAUUCCGAAUUCGACGAAGCAUGCAAAACCGUGCAUUCGUUUGUCGACAAAAUAGUCUACGAAGCUCUAUCUAAGAUUGACGCAAAAGAAGAAAAGGCUGUAGAAGGCCAUGGACCUGGAAGAUAUGUUUUUCUUACGGAAAUGGUCAAAGCAUCAAGAGAUCCUAAACAACUUCGAGAUGAAUUACUUAAUAUUUUACUCGCUGGACGAGAUACAACCGCAAGUUUACUCAGCAACACGUUCCAUGUUCUCGCUCGUAGACCGGAUAUCUGGGAGAAGUUAAUGGCAGAGGUCGAUGAAUUACAUGGCGGAAAACCGGACUAUGAGAAAAUGAAAAGUAUGAAAUAUAUAAAAUAUGUUUUGAACGAAUGUAAGUGUCUAUCUAUCACUUCAUCUAUCAUGGCCAACCUAACAAUCGGUCUCACAGCACUCCGUCUCUACCCCGUUGUUCCAUCCAAUGCCCGCUUCUCUCGCCGGGACACCGUUCUUCCCCUUGGUGGAGGCCCAGACCGCAUGUCCCCCAUAUUUAUCCCCAAAGGCUCCGCCGUCGCAUGGUCAACCUACACCAUGCACCGUCGAACUGAUAUUUUCGGACCGGAUGCGGACGUAUUCCGACCAGAGCGCUGGGCACCCGAAGAGGGUUUACGACCCGGUUGGGGAUAUCUUCCGUUUAACGGCGGACCUCGAAUUUGUGUUGGUCAACAGUUUGCUUUGGCUGAAGCAAGUUAUACGAUUAUCAGGCUGUUGCAAGAGUUUGACAUAAUUUCGGAUAGGGAUGGUACGGAGUGGAAGGAACAGUUUGCGCUUACUGCCUGUAGUGCCAAGGGAGUGCAGGUUGGGAUGAUUCCUAGGAGGAUAUAAGGAAGGGGAAGGGGCUGUAUAUGCGCGGGCACAAAUAGGAUAACCUUGGUAUACAUAGACCAGUUGGAUACUUUGGUCAUACGAUAAUAGGAUCGGCAAAAGGUAGAUGGAUGGAUGCAAAUAAUGCCCCAUCUUUAGUUACCUAAUGAACAAAAUAAUUUACAAACACUUUUA